GCUGACUGCAACGCCAACACGACGGAGUUCGUCAACAUUUCAAUGCUCAGAACAAUGCAAUUUCUGCGCCUCAGAACGAUUUCUCGCUACCCAUUGUCCUCGCACCAUUCUCUUCACACAUCUACCCGUCUCUCGUAUUCUUCAUCAGACGCACCUAAGCCCCAUAGUGCAGACAGUUACUUCAAAGAUGUGGACGAAACAGCUCCACAAGACCCUACUAUUCACCGCGUCGACGCCGCAUCAGAGGCAGUACAACGUCCUUACGAGCCACCUUCAGGGCAGUGGAGUCAGGCGGGGGUCAGGACCAGCGAGUACUAUGAACACGUUAGCAAAGACGAGCCGUAUGACGUGCCUACUGGGCAAGCAAAAGAGAACAACCUGCGCUACGGUGGCACCGAGAAACUAGGUCCUGAGAUUAGUGAUCCUGGGGAGGGUCCAGAGGGUCAAUCGAAGGGAGGGCGGAAACCAGAACGAAGUGCCUGAACAUAAAUUCAAGGUAUCAUUGUCAGAUCGUUCUUUAGUUUUUUGUAGUUUUUGAUCGACUUAUGGGAUAUAUCACAGCUUCGACGAUUCGUGAUAGGCGUGUAACGUUAGUGGGAUGUAUGUAUUAUGAAGUGCUGGCGUAGUUGUUGUACGAAUACUAUGUUUUUAUCUGCAGUCGAGUGUCUUCCUGGGCAUUCAUUGUUAUUCAUACUCGCCUUCAC